UAGUUAUAAAUACUUGACCAGUCUCCAGGGGUGGGGCUUCCAACCCUUUAUACAACCCUGUUGCCUGUUAUCAAGCAAACUCUUCGCUCUAAGUGCCAGAGUUGAUUGUGGUAGGCCAUCUUUAACUGAGAAAUACAUAAAAUGGAACACAAUAGGUCUGCUUCAAAUGCUGAUAAGAUCCACCAGAAUCGUCUGUCGAGUGUGACGGAAGAUGAAGACCAAGAUGCCGCUCUUACCAUUGUGACUGUGCUAGACAAAGUCGCCGCCGUCGUGGACAGUGUGCAGGCGAGCCAGAAGAGAAUAGAAGAGAGACACAGGCAAAUGGAAAAUGCUAUAAAAUCCGUCCAGAUCGACCUGCUGAAAUUUUCACAGUCACACAGCAAUACAGGCUAUGUCAUUAACAAGUUGUUUGAGAAAACCCGGAAAGUCAGUGCUCACAUUAAAGACGUGAAGGCCCGGGUGGAGAAGCAACAAAUUCACAUUACAAAAGUAGAAACUAAGCAAGAGGAAAUAAUGAAGAAAAACAAAUUCCGUGUGGUAAUAUUCCAGGAGGACAUUCAGUGCCCGACAUCCCUGUCUGUUGUUAAAGACAAAAACCUAAGUGAGAAUCAAGAGGAAGACAGUGAAGAUGUCUUUGAUCCCCCAAUAGAUCUGUCUUCAGAUGAAGAAUAUUACGUUGAAGAAAGCAAAUCCGCCAAGCUUAGAAAGUCAGGCAAGGAGCACAUUGAUAAUAUCAAAAAGGCAUUUUCCAAAGAAAACAUGCAGAAGACACGGCAGAACUUUGACAAGAAGGUCAACAGAAUUAGAACUAGAAUAGUGACCCCAGAGAGGAGAGAGAGGCUGAGGCAGUCGGGGGAGAGGCUGAGGCAGUCGGGGGAGAGGCUGAGGCAGUCGGGGGAGAGGUUGAAACAGUCAGGGGAAAGAUUUAAGAAAUCUAUUUCUAAUGCGGCUCCCUCAAAGGAAGCUUUUAAGAUGCGCAGCCUUCGGAAAGCUAAAGAUCGAACAGGGACGGAAGGUUCCGAAGAGGCCAGGGAGAUGGGUGUGGACAUCAUUGCCAGGAGUGAGUCUCUGGGUCCGGUCAGUGGGCUCUAUUCUGACGAGCUCAGUGAAACAGACCGCGAGGAGGUUAGGGUGGGGGGUCCUCCCCACGAAGGAGGGGAAAUCUCAACCCCUGAGCCUUUAAAAGUUACUUUUAAACCCCAGGUGAAAGUAGAUGAUGAUGAAUCCCUUUUGCUAGAUUUAAAGCAGUCUUCAUAAAGAGGAAGUAAGUAUAUUUUGUCACCUUAAUCAUUCAGUUCCAGUUUCGUAUAGUCACUUAACAUUUAUAGGCCAUUUAGGGAAGAAUAAGUGGUAUGAUUUUUAUUUCUUAUGUUUAAAAUCUUAAAGGUAAUACAGAUAAGUGCAUUUUCUAGUAACUUCCUUGGAAAUUCUUUUUUUCCCCCCCGGGCUUACGAGAUUCUGGCAGCUUUCUCUCCUGUCACUCUCAUGGCAGCUGCGGAUUUUUAAGUGCCUUUCUCUUGCCCACCAGAGAAGGAGGUUCCUCGAGAGGGUCAGUGAGGUGUUCAGUAGUUUAAAACUAGUAAAGGGCAAAUUUGUGGCCUUUGUUUGCAAGUGAACCCUUAAUUUUGGUCUAGAUUAAAUGUGGUGGCCAGUCUCCAAGGGGAUCAUAUCAUCCAUAUGUUCUGAUCAGCAGCUGUGUUAGUAAAUUAGCAACCACACAUCUUUUUGAUGCUUCUGCAUGAAAAAUUGAAGUUCUGGACUUGAACAUUUGGUUCUGGCAUCGCAGCUGUCCUCAUAGUGGGCACUUGGUGUGCCGCCGGCUAAUAAGCGCAUCAAUAAAUGGAGAAGGUUUGCCUGCCCGCCUAACUCAGAGAACUGGGGUGAAGAUCAAAGGAAACGAUGCACACUCUGGGGGAACAAGAAACACAUCCAGACGAAAUGAGCCCUACUGAUUCCUCAAAAACGAAUUCGUUACACCUCCUAAAAAAGCCCUGAGCACCAAGCGGUGAGGACCUAGGUUGGAUAGACACUAAUGUUGAUCUUUUGAAGGCUUUUCACAGAAUCCGGAAUGAAAAAUAAAUGUUUGGGUGACUUUUUUUUUUUUUUUUUUUUUUAAAUCAGAGACUAAAAUGAAACCUUGAGCUUGAGUUGGAUCUUAAACGUUUUCUUGGAAAGUCUUUUUCUAGUUUUCUUUUGAUUUAGAUCUAUGCUGUAGCAACACGCCUUUGAGGGGCGUGAAGCCUAAGACUGUGGCUAUAUCUUCAGGAACCCUCUCUAUAGUGAGCCCUGGUGGAGUGGGUUUGGAAUUGACCUCAGGUAUUUGUGUUUUACAGCGUGAACUCCUCAGGGUGUGUCUAUCCAAAACAGUAUCCGUAGGGGUUCAUCAUAGCUGCUUUGGGAAGAAGCCAGACUCCACUCUUGGCUUUAGACCUAGCCAGACCGGAAGCAGAUGUCAUUGCUAAAGAGUAACAGAAAUGGACAUACUGGUUCUGCACUUCUGGUAAUGUUUAAAUCUUCUGGUUUUGUAAGAGGGAAGAAAAUGAUGGAAUUGUGUUGGACAGCAAUCAGCUUUCAGAUCAGUUUUGGAUGCUCAUGUAGUAAUUGUAAUAAAUGUAUGUAAAGAGACAUGCACACACAACAUAGACACACUAAAAAUCAACUUUAAAAUAUUUGACUCAGUUAGCCAGAUAUUUGGGUUUAGGAGUUUGAUUCAGCAUCAUUUCUUCACUCUGCAUGAAUACAUAAAAUCAUAAAUUGUUUAUCCCAUCUUUUUAUAUUGAAAACCAAAAUGUAUACAACAUUGAACAAUAUACUGAAGUAAAUAAUUAAAAAAUAUUAUUUAAAAAGAGCUUGGUUGCCUAAUCACAUAUUUCCUUAAAGCCAUAAUAAACUUGAAUUAAAAAAAGACAUUAUUACAAAGUUUGAUGUCAGUGUCCUAUUUGUAAAUAUUUUUACUAAUAAUGAAUGCAGACAACGUGGUGUGAAUUUGAUAUAAUAACCCUUCUUGCAGUAGGUAUGCUUCUAGGUUGAGAAGAGUGUAAACUUAUAAGCUUUUUAUUCUAGCCCUAUGAAGAAUAAAUAUCAAUUGGCUUAAAAUAUGUUUUGGUAGAUAUUACUGUCAAGGAAAUUUUGUAACGUCUGUCUCCUGCCCCAUUAUAUGACCAGACUUGACAUCAUAUGGAACAUUUUUCAUAUGGACAUAGUGGAAUUUUGAUGAGGAAGGGAUUAUAACCUGGUCAGCUCUUUAUCGAGUUAGACUUUGUGCAAACCGAGAAACACUAAAAUAGUCUCAUGUCCCCAAAGGCUCACUGUGACCUUGUACUGAUUUUCACACCAGGAUUUUUCCUCCAAGUCGUUCUGUCUCUUCACUUGCUCCCCUUAUUUAAGACAUUCCUCAUUUCUGCAUCACAGUUUUUCCUUCUUUUCUUUCCUUUGUUUUCUUGAUGUAAAGAAUGUCUAUAAUAGGCUGCAAAAUCACACAUCCUCACUUAAUGCAAGGAAUAUUCUAGUCAAUGUUCCUUAUUUUAAAAGUUUCAAACAACACAACAGGCUUUCUGCUUAUUUUGGUUCUCUCUGCUUUUUGAAAUUAUACGUUCAAUUUUAAACAAUUUACACAAAGAAAAGCCACUAGCAGGAUGUAUCCCCCUUUGUAUGAGGCAGAACAAUGCAACCUCCACGGAUCCCGAGUGCCUGGAGCCCACUUUCAAGCUCAGCUCUUCCACAGAAUGGACAGCAGGGAAGUGCAGCUCGCUCACCUGCACGGGAUGGCCCGGACCUUCCUCUGAGACUGUCUGUUGGCCUGGCUCUGGCUCGUAGGUUAAAGAAGUGAGUCCGAAUCUGAAAUAGGAAUAAGGCACAUGAAAAUUCAGCUUGCCGAGAUUGUAUUUGUGGUGUGUGUGAACUCCCUUGAACA